AGUUAAGGAAAUAGAGGAGUGCACUGGUUGGCAACACUGUCAGAGCUCAGUUGUGCUGUGACGGUGUGACGGUGACGGUGAGCCGCUCGCUGUGGGUCUAUGUGCCCUGGGAAUACUUGAUCGUCUAGUGCUGAAACCUUGCGUGAAGGGAGUGAGCGAUGCCUAAGCCGGACUUCCACACGAUCGAGCUGAACAAGACGGAAUGGGAGGUGCCGAAGAGAUACACCAUGUUGUCGCCCGUGGGGUCGGGGGCGUACGGGCAGGUCUGCUCAGCGAUGGACAAGAAGACAAACACCAAGGUUGCCAUCAAGAAGCUGGCGCGGCCCUUCCAGACUCACAUCCACGCUAAGAGAACGUACAGAGAACUGCGUAUGUUGAAGCACAUGGACCACGAGAAUAUAAUCGGACUUCUAGAUGUCUUCACUCCGUCCACCACCUUCAAAGACUUCCAGGAUGUGUAUCUGGUGACACCUCUUAUGGGAGCUGACCUCAACAAUAUAGUCAAGACCCAGAAGUUGACUGAUGACCAUGUACAGUUCCUCAUCUACCAGGUGUUACGAGGGCUCAAGUACAUCCACUCUGCUGGCAUCAUCCACAGGGACCUCAAGCCCAGCAAUAUUGCAGUCAAUGAAGACUGUGAGCUGAAGAUUCUAGAUUUUGGACUGGCCCGGCCCACAGAGUCAGAAAUGACAGGUUAUGUUGCCACAAGAUGGUACAGAGCACCAGAAAUUAUGCUCAACUGGAUGCACUAUAAUCAGACUGUGGACAUCUGGUCUGUGGGAUGCAUCAUGGCAGAGCUGCUCACAGGGCGAACACUCUUCCCAGGUGCUGACCAUAUUGACCAACUAACGCGCAUCCUGGUGCUGGCUGGAACCCCAGAUGAGGAAACCUUGGCUAAGAUCACCAGUGAUGAGGCAAGGAAUUAUAUUCGUUCCCUUCCACACAUGAGGAAAAAGGAUUUCAGACAAGUGUUCAGAGGAGCUAAUCCCCUUGCGGUGGACUUGUUGGAGAAAAUGCUGGAGCUGGACAGUGAGCGGAGAAUAACAGCAGUGCAAGCGCUGGCCCAUCCCUACUUAGCCCAGUAUGCUGAUCCAUCAGAUGAGCCAGACAGUGAGCCAUAUGAUCAGAGCUUUGAGGACAUGGAGCUCCCUACUGAAAAAUGGAAAGAGCUUGUGUAUGAGGAAGUUAUCAACUUCCAACCCAAGCCAACAGUUAUUGCUGAGGAAGUGGAAAAGGCUCAGGCAGCUGGAAAAUGAACCUUCUUUGGUUGUGACUCUUAUGUUGCUCCUCAUAUGGAGCUCUCUUGUUGCCAUAUAAGGUCCAGUUCACACCAUGCCCCUGUAAGGUUCAUCCAAACCUUCUCAAGGCCCUGAGGUCACCAGUGGUGCCCUCCUGUGUUCCUAUCAGGAGUGUGAGGUGUUGUGUGACAGAUGUAAUAGAGAGAAUUUUAUCUGAAUGUGUGAAUGUUUAUGUAUUGCAAAGGUGGCAUGUUUAUUUUCAGACAAGGAAGGCAGUUACAUCUUUUUUUUGUAUAGUCAAGGGAAUUAAAGUAAUAAAUAAUAGAAUGUCUUGGUAGCUGAAAUAUACUUAUAUUUCUCAGUCUCAUAAGAAGUAAUAGUAGUAGUAGUAGUAGUAGUAGUAGUAGUAGUAGUAGUAGCAGUAGUAGUAGUAGUAGUAGUAGUAGUAGUAGUAGUAGUAGUACUUGUAAUAAUAUUAGUAAUAAUUGUUACACAAAAAAUAAACUUCCAUAUCAAAAUGCUAUGCACAUAGGAGUGUGGUAUUUGCUUGUAGAGAAAUGGCUCCUUAAGUUAUAACAAUCUCCAAUACUGCCAAGUACUUAUUAAGUUGUGCAAAAAUCGAGUUCAUCAGUGAUGCCAAUCUUGUGCCUGACUUGCUGCCUUGUGGCUCAGAAUCACAAUUUUUUUUUAAAUUUCACCAGAAGCCAAUAGUUGCCGAUCACUGCCUUGUCUCGUGCAUCACAGCUAUGAACAUAUUUUUUGUUGAAUAUUAGAUUAGAAAUGGGUUAUGUAUGUUUACUUAAAAAGCUGUAUCAUACUCAUUUUUUAGCAUAAUGUCAGAAAUGUAAAGAAAACGUGUUGUAAAUUUUUAAUCUAAGUUAACUUCCGUAGCUGUGCUCUCCACCUCUCCACCAGCCAAGGAGAGGUACUAGUAUACAUAGUGCAAUGUAGGGAGGUUGAUGAUAGAUAUGUACUGUAGUGCAAUUUAGGGAGGUUGAUUGACAGGUUUGGAGGAAGAGGUGGUGCUGACUGCCAUGAAGCAGCAAGAGAGCCAUCACAGCAGUACAGGGCAGGGACACAGAUCUUGCACCUGCUGCUGUACUCAGCCUAUAAUACUGGUGUUAGACUAUGACUGCGGCAUUAUUUCACUGAACUUUAAUACCAGGUUGGAGCCUUAUCUAGUUUUAUCACACUAACUUCAGCAUGUCAGAUGUGCUGGAAUUUACUUACAUUUCUGAGGGCUGUCUCUCUAUCAUUUGUAGCCUGCUACAGGACAUUUUCUACUUAAAGGGACAAGACCUGUAUUAGCUAGAAAAUUAUGAUUGUCUUAAGAGGCAAAACUAGGACUGUAUAUAAACUAACAAGGAUUCUGCAGAAUUUAUUAACUUCACUUAAUAAUUCAAUAUUAACAUUGACUUAGAAAACUUUAAUAACUUCAAUCAAGCCUGUGUAUUAUGCCCAAAAUUAUAUGAAGGAAUAAAGUCUGAUUUUAAAGAAUAACAAAA